GGAACUGCACAACACUGCCCCUCCAGACUUAUUUCUGUUUGACUCAACAUAGUUUUUGUUUUUGUUUUGUUGUUGUAAAACCCCAGAUAUGUUUAUAGCCGGAGAUUUUACGAGGGGAGACGAGUACCAGGAGUAAUUCCAGGCCUGGAAGAUGUCAAGGGUCAGGACGACGUUCAGAUGACGAUGAUUUUCUCUUGGGGAAACUCGGAUACACAGGAGAAAUGACAACCAAGACUGACAUUGAAGAGUUCCUUGAAAGUCCACUCGUGACUUGGUUCAAAUCUUGCCUGAAUAACCCAGACAGACUUUCUGAUUAUGAAGACCUAGCUGAUGGAAAUUUAAUCUAUGAAGUUUUUCUAUUGAUUGAUCCUGAGCCGCUUCAUCAUGGCAUCACUACAAGCCUUGGUAAUGCCACAAUCAGGACAAAGAAUUUUGAGUGUAUCACAAAAAACAUUAAAACACUUUAUGAGGAGGAGCUGGGCCAGCUGGUUGUUGUGCUGCCGGAUCCGAUCAAAAUUGGAAGGGAACCGGACAGUAAAGAGGGCAUCGAACAACUCCAGCUUUUGCUUAUGCUUUUGCUUGGCUGUGCUGUUCAAUGUCCAAACAAGCAGCUAUUUAUCGAGCGCAUCAAGGAAUUACCUGUUGAUGCUCAACAUUCACUUGUUGACUGCAUAAAACGGGUAACAGAGAGCCAAGAGAUAGUUCUGGUACCUGAACUGAGUGAAAAUGUACCAGUGACCCUGUUUCUGGGGCAUAUCAGGCGGCUCAUAAAACAAAGAGAUUUUUACUUCCAGGUCUCAUAUGAGGAAAAAAGCAAACAAUCAACUGGAAAUUUAUCAUCCGUACCAGGAUCUGAAUCUCAACACCUUGCUGUAGAACUAGCAGAUUGGAAAUCAAAGUUGAGAAAACUUCGGCAAGAUGUGGAAGAAAAAUCUGAAGCCCUUUCUGAAGCCAAGGAUGAGCUUGAGUAUAAUAAAGCACUUGUUACAAAACUCAAAACUGAGGUAAAUGAAUUAAAAACAGAAGCGAGGGUGGGAAAGGCAUACAGGGACGAGGCGGACGCUUUAAGAGAGAAGGCUGAGCGCGCUGAGAGGCUUGAGACUGAAGUGUGCAAGUACAGGGAGAAACUUUCCGACCUUGAAUAUUACAAAUCGAGAGUGGAGGAGCUGAGGCAGGACAAACGGAUUUUGGAAGAAACUCGAGAGAUGCUAGAAGAGCAGCUGGCUCGUGCAAGAUCAAGAGUUGACUAUACCCUCGAGCUUGAAACAAAGCUCCUCGACCACAAACAGACCAUCAAUGACCUGUCUCUGGAAAGAGAUGCAACGCAGGAACGCCUGCAGCAAUUAUUCGAGGAGAACGCACAACUCACACUUCUCAGCAAGUCUGCUUUGAAUAGUGAUAAGACUUUGUUGGACCCUGAAGAAACAUCGGUUUCAGGAGGGGAAAAUAGCCUUUGCGAACAGUUGUCAAACAAUGCACAAGGGAGGGCAUUGAAAUUAGAACUUGAGAAUAAGCGUCUUGCACAGACACUGGAGUCACUGCAAGAAGCAACUUUACACCAGACAAAUGAGAGGCUUUUGCAACUCGAGAAAGACAAGAAAAAACUCUCUCUUCAGGUCGAAGAGUUAGAAGAGGCCAAAAAGAAAUUGACGUCGCAUAUCAGCGAACUAGAAGCGACAGUCAAAAACGCCCAGAAGGAUACGAAGAAGAUGCAAGACUUGAGGGACUCGCUUCAGACACAGUUGCAGUUGAAGAUCGAAGAGGUUGAGACUGUCCAGAGGGAAAAGGGCAGAAUGGAACUGAGGAUUAAAGAGGCCGAGGAGACUAUCGAAGCGCUUAAAGCUAGGGAGAUACUUGUUGACGAGACGCUCGAACUAAAAGCUAAACUUUCCAAUUCAGACCGGGAAGUAUCUCGACUCAAAAAUGCUCUCGAGGGUAAAGCAGUCAAUAUUGACAGGCUCCAGUGCGAAUUGGACAACAGCUUGAAAGAAAAGUCGCAGAUUUCUAGGCAGUUGGAAGAAGCUAAUAAUCAAGUGUUCAGGUUGGUUGAGAUUGAAAAAUCGUGGAAAGAUUUAAAUUCGAGGUAUGAAGUCGACAAAGCGACCAUUGAAACUUUGCAAAGUGACUUGGUGGCUGAAAAAAUGAUCAAUAGAAAGCUGCGAGAUUCUUUGGAAAGCCCUGGCUUCGCAUCGGAAGAACUGAACGAAGGCUUCAUUGAAAAGAUAUUUUCCAAUGCUGAUAUUCUUGGUGCGGUGAAAGAAAAAUUGGCUGAAAACGAAGGCGAGAGCAAGCUGAAUCAGUCGAAAGAGUUACAGGAGGAGAAUGCGAGGUUGUCUGUUUCUUUGUCAACCCUUCAGUCUCAAGUCCAGUCCCUCACAGCUCAGCACACAGCUCAAAAAUUAGCCAAUUCUCAGCUCGUCGCAGAAAAAGAAGAAAUUAACAAACAUCUGGAGUCGCUGAGAGAGCAGCAUCAGCAGUUGCUGUUGGAUCAACUAACGAUGCAAGGGCUUCAUGAGACACUCACAACACAAUACGAGCAGCUCAGUGUAGGCCGGGAAGCGACGAAAGCUGAGAUCAAAUUGGCCAAAACUGAGAUUCGAAGUCUUAAAGAAAUCAACGAAGGUCUCGAAGCGCGAGUACACUUACUGACGCAAGAAAUCAAACGUCUGUCCUCAGAUGAAAACUGCCUCUCUAAUUUACGAGCAGAGCAUUCUAAACUAAAGGAGGAUUUUAGAAAAUUGUUCACGUCACACGACAAGCUGAAAUCCGAAUACAAAACGGCACAGGAAGAGUACAAAAACAUGAAAGUAGAAGUGAGGAAUUUAACUGUAAGCCAGACUGAACUGCACGCAGAGCUGACGACAAGGAUCGAAACAAACUUGCAUCUCGAGGAUCAGCUUGCUGAUUAUAAAACAGAAAACGAGUGUUUAAAACAAGUGAAAUCAACAUUGGAAGAAGAGAGAAAGUCAUUAAUGAAACAUGUAACCAUUUUAUUGGAUCAAUAUCGUGAACUUCUUCACCAUUCGUUGGACGACAAGGAUCAUUUUCACGCUGAAGAAAAAUUGCUCCGGGACCAAUUUAAUAGCAUAUGCCGACAAAAAGAAAAACUUGAGGAAAAGAUAAUGGAACAAAUCAUAAAUAGCCGUUCUUCAAACAAAAAGAAGAGUUUUGGGGCUAAUUUGGUAAGAAGAGUUAGAAAAGCUGGAUCUGAACUUAUUAAUAAGAGUCGAAGAUCGUGGCAUGAAGACCCCAUGAAGACGAAUUUACAAGGGACUGGUGGUGGUGGUGGUGGAACUGAUUCGGACACAAGCCUUGAAGAUGUCCGAUCCCGUCAAGAUAGCUUAAGUGGCCUCGGAAGUGCCGGGACCAGGCGAACGGUCUACUUAUCAGGCGACGAGAAUUCAGCUUCUACUAAUGACCACGAUGAUAAGAGCUACUCGAAUAUUAAUGACGUACCUAGAAGCUCCACACCUCAGCAAGAUCCAUCUGUUCUUGUCUACAACCGUGUCACUGUGAGGAAUAGUGACAACCAGAGCAUCCAUAGCAAUUCCUCUCCAGCCAAGAGCCAACACCAAAGUCUAAAACAUAAUGAAGUUUGGUGUGAAUACGGGUCAAUUUAAAAUUUAUGUCCUGUACUCAUCUACUUUCUGUUGUAAAUAAACAUUUUAUAUUGGU